AUGGAGUUGGGUUUGGUUUCCAAAGAUUCAAGCUGGUGGGUGUUUACACUCCCAGCAGUUUUUGGUAUAAAAAACGCUUUGGAUCUUUGGGCUCUUUUUUGUCUUCUUUUAGCGUUCAUGUCCGUUGCUUUCCUCACCUGGGCAUUCACCCCCGGUGGCCGUGCUUGGAGGUACGGCCGGAACCAAAGGGGCACAACUUCCAUUCCAGGCCCUCGAGGUCUCCCAUUGUUUGGGAGCUUGUUUCAUCUAAGCCGUGGCCUAGCCCAUCGAAGCCUGUCCUCCAUGGCCUCCACCAUUGGUGCUACCAAGCUCAUGGCCUUUAGCCUUGGCUCAACCCCUGUGGUAGUCUCUUCCGAUCCACAAAUAGCCAAAGAGAUCCUUACCUCUUCCCACUUCGCUGACCGUCCGAUUAAACAAUCUGCCAGAAUGCUUAUGUUCAGCCGUGCCAUUGGGUUUGCUCCCAACGGUACUUACUGGAGACUUCUCAGGAGGAUUGCUUCCUCACACCUCUUCGCACCCAAGCGCAUCGCAGCACACGAAGUUGGGCGUCAGCUAGACUGCGCCGCCAUGUUGCUUGGCAUCGUGAACGAACAAUCCCAACGUGGGGCUGUGGUGCUAAGAAAACACCUUCAAGCAGCUUCACUGAAUAACAUCAUGGGUAGUGUUUUUGGGAAAAGAUACGAUGUGGGUCACGAAAGCCAAGAGUUGAUUGAGCUUCGUGAGAUGGUUGAAGAAGGUUUUGAGCUUCUGGGUUCCUUCAACUGGUCCGAUUAUCUUCCAUGGUUGAGCUUCUUCUAUGAUCCCUUCUGUAUCAAACAACGCUGCGCUUCUCUUGUUCCUCGUGUUAGGAAAUUCGUUCGUGGGAUUAUUGAAGAACACAGACUCCGUGGGUGUGAUAAGCUUUCAGAUAAUGCAGACUUCGUUGAUGUUUUGCUCUCUCUCGAUGGAGACGAGAAGCUCGAAGAAGACGAUAUGAUUGCUGUUCUAUGGGAGAUGAUAUUCCGCGGCACAGACACUACAGCGCUUUUGACAGAAUGGGUGAUGGCAGAGUUGGUGUUAAACCAGGAAGUGCAAACAAAGCUUCGGGAAGAGAUAGAAAUGGUUGUCGGCGAGAGGGGUGUAAGGGAUGUAGACGUGGCUAACCUUCCAUAUCUGCAAUCAGUGAUUAAAGAGACUCUUCGAAUCCACCCACCUGGCCCACUCUUGUCUUGGGCCCGCCUAUCCACUUCAGAUGUCCAACUCAGCAAUGAAAUGGUGAUUCCUGCUCACACUACUGCAAUGGUCAAUAUGUGGGCCAUAACCCAUGACCCAAUGGUUUGGGAGGAACCAUUGGUCUUCAAACCAGAAAGGUUCAUCGACAACAAUGUGGAUGUCAAGGGGAAUGAUCUCAGACUUGCUCCAUUCGGAGCGGGUCGUCGGGUCUGCCCAGGGAAGAACCUUGGGCUUGUGACCGUGAAUCUUUGGGUGGCAAAACUGAUACAAAAUUUCAAGUGGGUUUCUGAUCCCGAUAACCCGGUUGACUUAACUGAGGUGUUAAAACUUUCCUGUGAAAUGAAGCACACUCUCUCUCUCGUGGCUAUUCCCAGGAAUGAUCUGCUUUGCCCUUCACUCUUCUAG